AUUAAAACAAAAACCAACCUAUCAGUUUGUCACUCUCCCCUUGCACAAACAACUUAUAAUAGUACCAAGUCUACUCUUUGUUCCUUGCUAAAUCAAGACCAUGUCUCCCUUGUAUUUCUCUGAAUCCUAUCCUCCCAUAUUUCGCCAGCCCAAAAACCCCUUAUGCCCUGAGCCAAAAGAAGAUGUUUGUAAUGAUCAAGCUCUGAUUGGUUCAGACACUCUUCCUGUUAUAGAUUUCCAAUGCAUUGAUCAAGAGCAGCUACAUGAAGCUUGCGCGGAAUGGGGAGUGUUUCGUUUGGUUAACCAUGGGAUUCCAGCUAGUCUCUUGAGCCAACUUGAUGAUAUUUCUAAAAAAGUGUUCAAUUUUAGCUUUGAAACUAAACAGAGACUAUUUAGCAGUACUCCUGUAACAUAUUUCUGGGGCACUCCUGCCCUUAACUCAAACGGCCUGGCUUUGCAGAAACCGCAGAAUGUUAACUGGAUGGAAGGCUUCAAUGUUCCUCUUUCUCAACUUUCGUCGCGUUCUCAUGCCUAUAAAGAGGACAAGGAUGAUGAUCCACUGUCUACUUCUUUGAGAUAUUUGAUUCAAGAAUACGGGAGUCACCAGUCCAGACUUGCAGAAGCGAUUUAUAAAGCAAUUACAGAUAGGCUAGAUCAGGGGAAGCUGGAUGAUUCCAGAAGAUGUUCAUCUUACCUUUCGCUAUCAACGGGCUUCAUACGUGUCUAUAGAUACCCUGCAUUGGUGCAACCCAAUGAAACAUCAUGGGGCAUGGAUGUCCACACGGAUAGCUCAAUCAUUUCAAUAUUGAAUCAAGAUUUAGUUGGUGGCCUUGAAUUCUAUAGACAUGGUCAUUGGCAUCAUGUUCAUCCUGUUCCCAACACUCUCAUUGUCAAUCUUGGUGAUAUGAUGCAGGCCAUAAGUGAUGACAAGUACAAGAGUGUGAAACACAGAGUGAAGUUGAACAGAUACAGAGAACGACUAUCAAUGGGCUACUUUGUAUUCCCAGAAGAUGAUACAUUAAUCCAGAGCCCGAGUUAUAUGCCCUUUUCUUAUUCUGAUUUCCGAGCUCAAGUUCAAGAAGACCUCAAAACUGUUGGCUACAAAGUUGGACUCCAGAGAUUUAGAAGACGCGGAUAAAUCACGCGUGACAGCCCAAAGAUAGAACUGUACUCUUAAAUUGUAAAUCAAAUCUUUCUUGCAACUUACAAUGGGAGCUGAUAUUAAUUUUAGUUUGUUUUACUA